AUGUAUAAUUCACGUAGUAAGGCCAUCAAGAACUUCAUGCGCGUGGACUGCAAGUGCCACGGGCUGUCGGGGUCGUGCACGCUGCGCACGUGCUGGCGCCGCAUGCCGCCCUUCCGCGAGGUGGGCGACCGCCUCAAGGAGCGCUUCGACGGCGCCGCCAAGGUCAUCCCCAACAACGACGGCUCGUCCUUCCUCCCCGACGGCGGCAGCACCAUCAAGCCGCCCGGCCGCGGGGACCUCGUCUACUCCGAGGACUCGCCCGACUUCUGCGCGCCCAACCGCAAGACGGGCUCGCUCGGCACGCAGGGCCGCGUGUGCAACGCGACGUCCCCGGACGUGGAGGGGUGCGCGCUGCUGUGCUGCCACAGGGGCUACGACACGCGCAAGGUCAGCGUCAAAGUGAACUGCGAGUGCCGCUUCAAGUGGUGCUGCGAGGUGACGUGCCGCACGUGCACGGAGCGGCGGUCCAUCAGCACGUGCCGCUAGCGCCCGCGCCUCUCGUCGUCACCCGCGCUCGCUCGCUCGCUCUCUCUCUCUCUCUCUCGCGCGCGCGAUUCCCAGUGAGUGCACAAGACAGGUCGAGCUCUCUGGAAAUGCUCUCGGAAUGACUAGGUAAACCAUUACAUACACUGAGUAAAAAUUGAAAUAUUUUCCCCUUCCUGUGUUCGUUUCUUGAUAGCUUUUUUAUAUAAUCAAUAUGUAGAAGAACAUAUUUUAUAUAUUUUUCAGAAUUGCCUUUCGUUUCACUUAGUAUGGAGAGUCAAACUAUUUAUGGGAUUGGGGGGAUUAUGCUAAAAUACAAUUUUCCAAUUCUAGGAAAGCACGUACAGGUCUACUGCUCUAAGCAAAAAAAAAACAUCGAAUUCGUUAUUUCCUUCUUUCACUGAUUUGAAUUGUAAUGUAACAAAUAGAUAUUUGCAAUAUCUAACAAAAAUGGUAUUGACAGAACAACUGUGAUAUCUUCCUACUUUUACAAAAUUCAAAUAAAUAAUACGGUUUGUGGGGUAAUUAGGAGUAUUUCUAAAUGUGUUCUGAGAGUAUAUACUUUGGCUACCUAAGUGUGAAACGUGAGUCGAGAGCCGCUCGUAUGGAGGAGUAUAGCGAGCUGCAAGAAGGACCGACCCAAGAGCAAUCAGAGAGAGAGAGGGAGAGCAUGAAGAGAGCGGUCGCGCGCGGCGGCGGCGUGGGCGGCGGCUGCAGUGCAGUGCAGUGCAGUGAGAAUUCGAGUGGAGUGCGAGUGCAAGUGGAGUGAGGGGCGGGUGAGGCGGACGCUCCGGACGCCCAGCGUGCGCCGCCGCCCGGCCGCCGCC